AUGGCUCCCUGGCUGCAGCUCUGCUCCUUCUUCUUCACCGUCAACGCCUGCCUGAACGGCUCCCAGCUGGCCGUGGCCGCCGGCCCCGGCAGGAGGGGGCCGCCCGGGGACACCUGUGGCUGGAGGGGAGUGGUACCAGUCAGCAGGAACAACGGGCUGCCUAAUGUCACCUUUAAAUAUGACAACUGUACAACAUACUUGAAUCCAGUGGGAAAACACGUGAUCGCCGAUGUGCAGAAUAUCACCAUCAGCCAAUACGCCUGCUAUGACCAGGUGGCCAUCACCGUGUUUUGGACAGCAGGGACCCUGGGCAUCGAAUUUCUAAAAGGGUUUCGGGUGAUCCUGGAGGAGCUAAAGUCUGAGGGCCGCCAGUGUCAGCAGAUGCUCCUGAAGGACCCCAAGCAGCUCAACAGCAGUUUUAAAAGAACCGGCAUGGAAUCUCAGCCUUUUCUGAAUAUGAAAUUUGAAACGGACUACUUUGUCAAGAUCGUCCCCUUCCCUUCCAUUAAAAAUGAAAGUAAUUACCACCCCUUCUUCUUCCGGACUCGACCCUGUGAAUUGCUGCUGCAGCCGGACAACCUGGCCUGUAAACCUUUCUGGAAGCCCAGGAACCUCAACAUCACCCAGCAGGGGCUGAACAUGCAGGUGUCCUUCGACCACGCCCCCCAGAAUUUUGGGUUUCGCUUUUACUACCUUCACUACAAACUCAAGCAUGAAGGCCCCUUUAAACGAAAGACCUGCAGGCAGGAACAAAAUACGGAGAUAACCAGCUGCACUCUUCAGAAUGUCUCUCCAGGGGAUUAUAUAAUUGAGCUUGUGGAUGACACAAAUACAACGAGAAAAAUGAUGCAUUAUGCCUUAAAGCCAGUGCAUUCUCCCUGGGCCGGGCCCAUCCGAGCCAUAGCCAUCACUGUCCCAUUGGUCGUCAUCUCUGCCUUUGCAACACUCUUCACCGUGAUGUGUCGCAAGAAGCAACAAGAAAAUAUAUAUUCACAUUUAGAUGAGGAGAGCUCGGAGUCGUCUACCUACACGGCCGCCACCCCCGGGGAGAGGCUCCAUCCUCGGCCCAAGGUGUUCAUCUGCUACUCCACCAAAGACUGCCAGAAACACACGACCGUCAUCCAGUGCUUUGCCUACUUCCUUCAGGAUUUCUGCGGCUGCGAGGUCGCCCUGGAUCUGUGGGAAGACUUCCAGAUCUGCCGGGAAGGGCAGAAAGAGUGGGUCACCCAGAAGAUUCGGGAGGCCCACUUUGUCAUCGUCGUGUGCUCUAAGGGCAUGAAGUACUUUGUGGAGAAGAAGAGCUGUAAGCACCGGGGAGGGGGGCGCAGCUCAGGCGACAGAGGUGAGCUCUUCCUGGUGGCCGUGGCCGCCGUGGCCGAGAAGCUGCGCCAGGCCAAGCAGAGCUCGGCCGAGCUGGGCAAAUACAUCGCCGUCUACUUCGACUACUCCUGCGAGGGGGAUGUUCCGGGCGUGCUGGACCUGAGCGCCAAAUACAAGCUCAUGGAUCACCUUCCCCGGCUCUAUUCUCACCUGCACUCGCGAGAUCCCGGCCCGCAGGAUUCGGACCUCUGCCCCGCCAACCUCAGCAAGAGAAAUUAUUUUCGGAGCAAGUCUGGGCGGUCUCUCUAUGUGGCAAUCUGCAACAUGCACCAGUUUAUCGAUCAGGAGCCCAGCUGGUUCGAGAAGCAGUUCCUGCCUUUCCCCCCUGCUCCACUGCAUUACCAGGAGCCCAUCAUGGAGAAAUUUGACUCUGGCUUGGUGUUGAACGAUGUCGUCUGCAAGCGGGCAGCUGAAGGUGACUUCUACCUGAAGACCGAGGCCACCACCCUGGGUGCUGUGGCUGUGGACUCUCAUUCAGUUCUGCCCCACUUGAGCCUGGAAGAAGACGCGGCCUCCCAGGAUGCUCAUGACGGCGGCUGCGUGCUCCGGCCCUUGUUGCAUACUGUGAAGGCAAUCAGCCCCCCUGAAAUGCCCAGGGAUUCGGGCAUCUAUGACUCUUCUGUGCCAUCAUCAGAGUUAUCGCUGCCUCUGAUGGAAGGACUUUUGAUAGACCAAAUGGAAACCUCUUCCAUUACGGGGAGCGUCUCUUCUUCUUCGGGCCUAGGUGAAGAGGAGCCCCCUGCCCUCCCUUCCAAGUGCAGUGAUUCUGGAGUGUGUAAAGCCAGACUCAGUGGGCACAGUAUCACCGAUGAACUCGUGGUGGUUGGCCCAUUAUAACCCGAAUGAGGAUUCUCAUGCAUUGCCACUUUAGUGACCGCGGACAGCACCUGGGUGUCAGUCAGCCCCUUGCCCCUCCCCCUGCCCCCUCGCCUACUUGAAAGAACAAAGACCCUGAGUUUGGAUGUUUCUGGGGAGUUUUUGGCCAGUACCAGACCUCCUGCCCCUCCCUCCCCCCUUGGGUUUGGUAAAACCCCUCCUCUGCAGACUCAGAGCUUCUCAAGAGACGCUCAGAGAAAAGCGCAGGAUGCCCCGAAUCAGCUUGAUUCUUGUGACCACGUUCACGUAUUCCCACCAUUUUGUGCCUCUUCCCAGUCCUGGGAUCUUGAGCGGCUCCUCUAGACAGGUCGGAAGGGAGGAGAGACGUUAGAAAAGAAGAGCAUCCGUGGAGAAAGAGAAAUCACACUCUGCUUUAUCCCGUGUCGGGCCCCCUUUGGUGGUACUUAGAAGAUAUGUGGAUUUUUCCCUCCUUUUCGGUUGAAAACAUUGACGGGACAAAAAUCUUUAGUGAAACAAGUUAUCCCUUCCACAUCUUGACUUUUCCUCCUUGUGCUUUCGAUAUAUUGUGGCUCAGCAUCAGAAAUUAAGUGGAAAUUUGGGGGGAAGAGGGAGUUUUUCAGAAGUCGCAGACGACACAGAGCCUGUGACCAAAUAACCCCAAUUUUAUAAUAAGCUACUGUAAACACCCCAUACAUUCAUUCUUCUCUGGCACGAAGAGAGCGCCAAAAAAUUAGGUGUGGAUUUUCCAAGGUUGCCAGUGUGGAAGGGAUAAUUAUAGAAACAUAGGUUUUUCUAUGUUCUAGAACUGCCACCUAGUCCCUUUUGAUAAAAGUAACAGGAAUCUACACCUAUGUAAGUAUAGACAAACCCACUUGUAAAAAUUAAGUGUAGACAGGAAAUACAGUGUGGUAGAAUUUGUGCUGAAUUUGGAAUUUAAGGGCCUGGAUUCUGUCUCUAACAACCAGUGUGACCUUUAAUAAGCUCCUCAACCUCCCCUCUGGACUUCAGUUUUCUUCUAUGUAAAUAAGAGGGUUAGAUGGGAUGACCUCUGAAUCAUCCCUUCCGACUCUAAAUCCGUGCUCUUAGGAGACUGAGAAACAACCGGAAAUAUGUCAGGAACCAGCCCCUGUGUUGUACAUGACCUUCCUCCAGGUCACUCUUCAAUACACGAUCCAUGAUUCGGUCACGAUUCCCCUAGGUCAGGACAUGUGGACGUACGUUGGUUUUAUUUAAGAGAUGAAGGGACCUCGAAGGUCACUUAGUCCAACCCUUCUCUGCCCCUGUAUUCUCAGCAGGUCAUCCACCAUCUAGCCUCUUCCAGAAGGCCGCCAGUGAGAGGGAGCCCACGGCCUCUGGUCCGUAUUAAGCCAGCUUCUUCCUUUGGAAGCUUUUCUUGACCUCAAGCCUAAGGUCUCCUCUAGACAGCUUCUGUUGGUCUUUGCUAGUUCUGCCCUCAUGGCCAAACAGAACAAGGCUCCUCCCCAGGGCAGCCCUAGUGCUCAAAGACGACUCUCGACCCCACCUCCAGCCAGUUUUCUUUUCUCCAGAUUCAGCCUCCUCUGCCUCCAACCUAUCUUCCUAUGGCACAAUCUCGGGUCUCUUCCUCAUCCAGGUUGGCCUCCCUCAUGUGGCUGCUCAGCCCACAGCCUUCCCAGAUGGGGAGCACAGUACCAGGUAUGGUCUGAGCAGGCCAGAGAAGAGAGGAACCUCCGGCCUCCUGCAUGGGGCCUAGGAGAGCAUUCUCUUAGCUUGCUUCAGUAUCGCUGUGGUGACUCGUGCCUGCCCCUCCCCAUCCUCUGGAUCUUUUUCACCAGAGCCAUGGAUUGGCUAACCAUACUUGGUUUUUUCAGCUAGUGUCCAACUUUAUCCCCAUAGAGUCUUGGCUUAUUUGAGGCAGCUCAUCCAUGGUUUGUUGAGGUUUUGUUGAAUCCUAUCAUCCAGUGUGAUAGAUGUCUCCUCCUUGUGUCAUCUGCCAAUCUGCCAAUCCUGCGUUCUCUACCUUCCUCCAGUAAAAAAACGCCAACCAGGAAAGGGCUGUGGCCAUCUUCCUGUGGCCCCUCACCUUCCCCAUUGACCUUUGCACACUCACUAGUAUUUCAUCAAGGCCCAAACCCGUCCAGUUAUCCCUCCAUCCAGCCCACAACUUCCCAUCACAUCCACAAGGAGAGCAUAAAAUGCAUCUGAUGUUCUUCUCAUGUCUAAGCAGACCACGUCUUUGGCAGACUUGUGGCACAAGGAUCUGGUUACUGGUGUCAGAAAAGGAAAUGAGACUAGUGUGGCAUGACCUGCUCACAAUGGCACCAUGGUUCAAAGACCGUCCCUUUUGGGUUGUGUUACAGAAUGUUGCCCAGAAGAGGCCUCCGCCUGCCUGCCUAUCUCUGCCUCUGUCUCUCUCUCUGGCUUCAUUAAAUUUUUUUCUCUCAUCUUACCACCACCACCA